UUCAGGCUUCAUUUGUUCUGGAACCCGGUUAUUUGUCUUUUUGGCCAUCUGUGGAAUCUGCAAAACUCUCCUCCAGCACCACAUUUCAAAUGAAUCAAUUUUCCUCUUAGUCUUGCACAUAGUCUUCUAGAAAACUCUGGAAAUCUUCUCCGUGGCUGACCAGCGAGUGCACAGUUGUGACGUGUGCCUGCACAGAAAACUGCUCGAUGAACAACUGUUACAGUUGCAGGGCCAUUGGGUUUGAUGAACAUACCAUGUCUGCUGAAAACAUUUCAUAGGCAUACUUUCCAUUUGUCAUUAAAGACGGGCCAAAAGGAGUCCAAAAAUAGAAAUGAGAAGACUGGUGUGGGGCACUGUGGAGCACCUGCUAACAUACCAGAGCAGAAGCCCAGUCUUAUGCCUGCAUAUGAUAAACGAAUAUAAAGCUGCACAUUCUGGAGGAAAACAUUCGCCCAGAGACUUUGAAAAUGACUGAGAAUCUGUAGCCCAGAGAAUCACCCACUUAUCUUACGUACGGAAUCACAGUUUUGAUCAUUUUAUUCAUGACUCACAUGGACAAUGCAGGGGAAUAAGAAACACACCGAUGGACAAAGUGACUCCUCCAGUGUCGGAAGCCUGAUGGAUGAAACAGACCGAGAGGUCUCCAGCCUCACAGACCGGGCCUUCAAAAGUCUUUGCGUGGAUGAUCUGGAAACAUCUUACACAGAAACAGAUCCAGUUGUUUCGCCCCGCAUCCAGCAUCCAUUCUCUAGCAAAUUCUUCCAAGGCCCCCGGAACCAUGCCAUCAAGAAAAACUUUGUCUCUAACAAGCUGUUGCCAAAAGCCGAAGAGCAUUCAACAUUCCAGCAGUUAUCAAAGGACACUCAAGAAGAGAAAAAGAGCAUCUCAAACGUCAGGAGGAAGCUGGGCUUGCCAGUGCCCAAUUUGCGCAAUUAUAAACAUACCUCAAAAGUGUCCUCUUUGAUAAAGACCUUUGAUAAGGUUGAGAACCCAGAGCCACCAGCAAUAGCCAAGCAGCCAGUUCAAAACCAUGUGCCAAAAUGUCCAUUAAUUUGUGGAGCCAACGUGGCCCUCUGGGGGGGCAAAACAAUUUUGAACAUCCCAAGAGAACUCUCUGAAUUUUCGGGGGCAUGCCAAAACGUGGGAGAUGCAAGUGGCAAGCUUGAGAUGCUCAAAAGACACCGCCCCAUGGAUCUGCUCUGUCAAGGCCCACCUCAUUUUUAUUCUGUUUGGGCAGGCACUUCCAGUAUACCCCAGUCCAGUCUCUUCACUGUUUCUAAAAAGACAGUGAAAAAAAUAGGGAAGGCAAAAGAUCUGGCUGGACAGGGCAAUUUUCUCCACAGCGAGAACAGUGCUUUUGAGUCCUGGAAAGCACAUCAUAAAAAGCUGGCUGGGACAAGAAGAUCAACUGAAUGGACACCUACAGAGGAGAACCUUGCAUACUUAGAAGAAACACCUUGCUUUGAGGAGUCCUAUAUGCCUGACCAUAACCCAUCUCCCCUACAGACCGCUGCUUCUGUAGUUCUAGAGCAUGAUUUCUCAUCAGAUGCAUUGCCACAAAACCCUCUAUCCCAAAUCUCUCUCUCUCCUGUCUCUUUCUGCCAGAGCCCUUCUCUCCCACUUUCUAUAGUCAGAGACUCUCCUGCAGAACCGCCUUCUUCUAGUCUAGCAACAUCUGUGCACGGGAUCCCUACACCACCAUCCCUCCCAUCCAAAGCCCCUUUCCCAAGAGUGCUGAGCCCCCAAGUUGUUGCUUCUCCAGUACCAGUCUCCAAGCCUCCCAUUCCACCGCCCUACAUGCCACAGAACCCUCUUCCGUCGGAAGCCAGUUCCCAAAGCACUGACACUCAAGAAUUUCUGCCGCAUGUCACUUUACUUCCAGAGAAGAUACACAGUUUGGAACACGAGCCAGAACUGGAAAAGUUUUGCCCACCCUGGAGGAGACAGAGGACGGCCCUCGGGGGAAUGGACGUGGCAAGUGAAGCGCUUGAACGGAAAGAUUCCUCACAAGGGAACCCAUCAGCUGACACGGCUGCUACUGAGUCCCACAUUGCCUCCAACCCGUCUUUCAACAUCACACAACUUUUAACACCACGCAUACCACCCAAUCAAGAGAAAGAGCCCUCCGAAAGUCAGAUUUUGAUGAUAACACCUCCCCUGUCUGAGGAUGAAGUAGCCAAAGAAUUGGAGGAGAGAACAUUUCAUUGUUCUCAAAAUAAUUAUAAGUCUAAAGCACCAAGUUUGUUAUUCAACCUGAAGGAUAUCCGAAAACGGGUCAAAAGCACUUAUAGUCCUUCUCCUCUCCUAAAAGCCUUUGAAGAGAAAAAGAAGAUCAAAGAACAAGACAGCCUAAAAGCAAGUGUGACAAGUUUGCUGGAGGGAAGCAGUUCAAAAUCAGUAGGAAACGAUGAAGCAGGCCAGAAGCCUUCUGGGAGAAUGGGCAGCACCCAGGAAAAGGCAAGAAUCACCAACUUAGAGGAGCAUCUGAAGGACAAUUACCAGACUUUGAGUUCAUCGCAGUCAAAGGCCGACAGGGUGGGCUUGCAAAACAGGAAUAGUUUACAGCAAGAGAAUUCAGCAGAUGUCGAGGGAGGUGAGGCGAUCUCUGUCACCGAGCAUCCAAACAAACACAGCCCAAAUCAGCCUUCUCCUUCAUCCAGAUCUGAGCAAGACACAUACAUGCAAGACAUCAGCUUAUGGGAUCCUAAGAAUAAAAAAGGUGCUCCAAGUCUUUGUGAUGAGUCCCCAAACCGAUUUUUCACAGCUGACGAAAAUGUGAACGAUAACGAAAACCCUGAGCAAAAGGGCAAAAGAAGCCCGAGCUCUUCUGAGCAAUCAUUUGUCUCCAUCGUAGACCAACCGUCUCACGAGGAGUCUUUUUCUCUGAUGCAGCUGUUUCAGAAAGCGUGUCUUCAAGAAAGCCAGAGAAAUAAGGACAAGGAGUGGGAAGGGGAGAAGCCCGGGGACAAAGAAGAAGAGCGGUCAGGCAGGCUGCAGGAGAAGUCACAGACCCGUGGCCUCAGCCACUACGACCCAAAUACAGAUGGAAAGGGUAACGGGAAAGUGGAGCAGAGCGAAGAGGAAGAUGCAGUGCAAGAACGACUACAGGGAGAGAGGAGAGAAGGAACAGGGAGGAGCCCGGAUUCCCCCUCGGAAGGGAAGCCAGAUGAGCCACUGGCACCCACUUUCUCCAGUUCAUUCAAGCCCAAUCUGUUCAAGAUUAAGGACAACACAUUCAAGUCACCCCCUGUGAUAAAAACAGUCAAGCUGCCUUUGUUCAGGUCUUUGUCCUGCGAAGGUGCAAUUGCUGGCGGUGACACGGAGAGUGAAAAGCAGAGACACGGGACAUUUCGAACCACACCGAUGGUUCAAGAGACGGAUUGGCCUUUGUCAAGGAACCGAAGGCAACAGAGGAUAUGGAGGGUGGCAGCUGCAACAGGCAGGGAAGCAGAUGAGUCAGGAUUUCGCCCGUCGCUAGCAGGUGGCCAAAGGGCAGAAAAAAGCAACCCGGGAGCAGAAUCCACCUUUCAAGUAGAGCUCGGGAGCUUUUCUAAACAGCAGCCAGGGGAAGACAAUGAAGGAACAGCUGUUAUGCCAUGGCUAGUACAAAAGGAGGAUAAGGACCACGAGAAACGAGUGAACAGAGACAAAGAAAGGGCCAGAGGCAAGAAGCUGAGGCCAAGUUCUGCAAGUCAGCUGAAUCUAGAAGGUGAUCUAGCACAAAACCAGGCUGGGUCCCCUACAAGAGAAAAAGCAAAUUAUUAUAAGAAUAAUCCCUUGUCUAAACGCAGCAGUGGCUCGUGUGUUAAAAAAGUGAUCACUCGAGAGGCAAGAUCUCCCACAAUAUCGGAGACUCAGGUGUAUUCUCCUACUUCCAGCGAUGCUUUCGGAGACACUCUGUGCACAGCUAGCCUGGCAAGCUCCACUGUCCCUAGUCCGAGGUCAGACAGCACAAUGCAAUCGACCUUCCCAAGUCCGUUGUCAGACACAAUUGCAGCCUGCAGCACGGUGAAGCCUGAAAGAGCAGUAGCUUCCUCUUCACUGCACAGGGGGACAGACGGCCACGAGAACCCUUCCGCAGCAGAAACAUCCGAGCUGCUGCAAGCGAGUCAGCUCUCUGGCCACACGGAUGGCUGCCCCAUGGCAAACGAAAGACCUCAGCUGAUGAGACAAAUGGCCAAGACGGCAGCCAAACCCCCUGCUGUGCCACCCAAAACAGAAAAGACAUUACGGCGGGCAAAGAAACUGGCAAGUAGAAGGAAAAAGGUCGAAGCAGAGCAGAAAUGGCCCCCAGCUGAAACUAUAUCGCCCUGUGAAGACAGCACGUCCUUGCCGUCGGCCCAAUCUCCUCUCCUGACAACACGGCUUAACUCACCUGUGACACCUUCCAAAUCUAACCAGGUGGCAUUGCCAGCCGUCCCCUCAAGUCCCACACCCUCUUCUCUUGCAACUCAACGUAAACUCCUCCAGGAUCCGGACUCCGGAGAGUAUUUCUUUGUAGAUCUGCCCAUUCAAUUCAAGACUUUGUACGAUCCAGAAAGCGGCAGAUACAUCCAAGUCUCACUUCCUUCUUCGAAAAGGAACUUGCAACAAACGCCCUCCUCGGAGGUCCUUGCUCCUCCUUAUGUCCUGUACCCCAGCAGUCUUCCCCUCAGGGUUUUGUCCGUUCCAGCGAGGGCAUCUCCUUCUCAAUUUUCUGAACCGGCUUCGCUGGCGCAAGGCGCCCUUUCAGAAUCAGCUCCCGAUUGGCAGCAAGAUGCCCGAUACCCAGACCCUCCGAAUAGUCAGCCCUACCUUGAGUCUGCAGUGUCUCAGGAUCGCACCCAAGAAGCUGAGAAGCCGCUGAUUAACUUUGAAAGGGACGUGAGCCUCUCCGACAAGGGUGACAUCAUUUCAAUUGGUGCGAUUGAAGAUUUGGCUGUGGAAGGGAUAGCGUGAGAUUAUUUUAGAAAGACAGACCCCUCACAGCCACAACACUCCCUCGUUAAUAUCAGUACAUACUUAAAAAGCUGGAUCUGAGAGCCAGGCUACAAGUGAGGAAUGACACUUGAACGGCAAGUGAACAGACUCACGUGUAUUCCUCCCUGUUACGUGAUCAAGUGGAGCACAAGCGGAGGGCAAGUGAACAGGAAGGAAUACACGUGACUCUGUUCACUUGCCGUUCAAGUGUCGUUCCUCACUUGUAGCUUGGCCCUGAGAGUCUCUCUACACAAGACAUCUUACAUGAUGCAUCUUACAUGUACUUGUUCUCCCAUUGUGGAUACACAUGCACUGGUAGGGAGACAGAGUACACUUGAAUGUAAAACCACACAAAGUAAGUCACUUGAGUGUCCCCAUGUAAGACGUCUUGUGUAGAGAGGCUCAGUGUGUGAUUUACGUUAGAAGGAAAACUGAGCUGCUGUUUUUAAUGACCUUAGCUGAUGGGACGAAUGUGAAAUCGAGGGGAAAUAGGGACGAUAUGAAGAUCCCCUUACUGUGUGACACAUGAUUGAGAGGAGCCGAUUGCCCUUCGGGGGGGAAACUGGCAGGUAGAGACUUUUGCUUGGCAUGGCAUUUACGGCUGGACAGUGAGUGGUGACAAGACUCAAGAAUAUGAAUCUCAAAAACCAAAUUUGUUAGUAAAUGUGGGUGGUGCAAUAGAUCAGGGGUCCCCAGCCUUUUUGAGCCUAAGGGUACCUUUGGAAUUCUGACCUAGGGCAGUGAGUAUAGCCAUAAAACAGUUGCCACACAGUGGCUGCCAUGGGAGGUGCAGCCAGCCACAGAAUGGUUUCACUGUGCUAUUUUCCCACUGCUUUUAGUGUGGCAGCACGCCAGGGAGGCAGAAAACUAGCUUUCUUUUGAUAAGGUGCCCUUCUGUGGCUAUAAAGCAAAAGCGACAGACUGAUAUUCAAAAAGCGCAACAGGAAAGAAGGUGUCUGGGAAGCGAGAGAUUCUGGACUUUAUUCGACAGUAUUCAAGAACAAACGUUGUCUGUCUGAACAGUCACCAAGCCGUGUGGCAAAGUGGACAAGCAGAUUCCAGGAACUGGAUCCAAGCCUUUUGGAGCCGAUGGGCACUCCAGCAGAUAAGAUAGAAGGUGGGGUUUCCAAAGAGUUGCAAGUUGUUUGGAAAUACUCUUUUUCCGAGCUGCUGUCCCAAAUCUACCAGUCCGCCCCAUCUCUAUCCCACCUUACCUCCAAGGCACUCAGGGGCAUACAUGGUAGUUCCCACCUCCAUUUUAGCUUCACAACCCUUUGAGAGACUGACUGAUCCAACAUCACCCUGCGAAAUGUAUUGCAGAGAGGGGGAAUUGGGUAUUUCUUGUCAUAGAGCACUUCACCAUGCUGGAGUUCUGAAGGGCAGAGCACAUAUCAUUAAAUCUCUCCGGGGAAUACAACUUUGAAAAGAGUUACGGAAGUAUUCUUGCAGUGGCCUGUUUGCUGUCCGCAGACCCAUCUGCCAAGAAUUUCAUACAGAAUGUAGUAUUGGCAACAGAUUGAUUACAAGAGGUCUUUUUCUUCCGUCAAGCCUGUCCUGCUCUUCUGAACUGUAUGUUUUAUUCUUAAUCGCACCUCUGCAGAAACAAUAACUGCAAUAUCUUUGUGAUAGCCAGCACCAGUUUUCAUUUUUAAAUAAAGCAAAUUUCUAUCCCUCGAGGUCACAGUGAUAAGUUUGAGAACCGGAAGAAGCACCUGUACAAAGGUCACUACGUUUUUGAGCUCACCUGCUCCAAGCUACCUGACUCUUUGGCAAGGACACCUCUCCCGUUCCUCUGUCCACAUUAAUCCUAGUGCCCACUCAUGGUUUGUAGCUUCCCCCUACCAACUCUGUAGUCGCUGUCAAAAAUGAUUAAGCAUGACC